AUGGAACGUGGUUGGAAGAUUCCAGCGCCCGCGCCCGCGCUCUCAUUGAGCCCAGGUGCCAACGGUCACCGAGCCUGGGGGGCUUCACCUAGGGCCGCGUCGGGAUUCAUCGGGAACGUCUGGAAGUCGAAUCCCCAUCUGGAGGCCCCCCUGCUGCUGGCCGCCUCCAUGGGCAGCUGCCUGAGCUCACCCCAGCCCGCAUCGCCACCCCUGGCCCAGGAACGCCCUGCCCUGUGGCCUCCUGGUCUGACCAGGGCCCAGGACGGCGCCCACAGGGGGCCCCGGGUCAGCACUGGACCCUUCCCCCAAAUGCCGCCGGACUGGAGGUCCCCCAAGCCCGGGAGGGAGGUCAUGGAGACACCGAGGCGCCUUCGUGCCCAGUCACCCCCGGAGACCGCCGGGGGGCCCGAGAGGUCUGGGAGGUGGGGGCUGUGGAGAGUCCAGCACCCCAGACGGCUCUCCAGCCCCGUGACCAUCCAGAUUACGCCUCCUGAGCGCCAGGGGAGACCCUGUGCGCCCCCAGAGCGGGGAGCCCAAGCUGCAGGGAGUCCGCCCACCGAGGACCCCCCGGACCCCGUUGCCAAGGAGACCGUGCUGCGGACCCCGAGCUGGGCCAGGAAGGGGACCAGGAAGCUGGACGGGCCGCUCUGGUUUGAGAUCCAAGGGAGAAAGAUCCAGACCCGGGACCUGGAGCCCUGGCCGUCCCCCUUCCAGGCCCCGGUGGGAACCGGCGCCGGGCCCUGCUGUGCGCCCCGGCCAGGGCCUCUGAGCCGGAGCCGCUGCCCCUGGAGCUACAACGUCCGCCUGGAGGACCUGGCCCGUGGGCGCACCGCCCGCCCCCUGGCCACAGCGCCGGGCCAGGGCGCAGAGCCCCCGCCGGACACCUGA